AUGGCUCGGCCCAUCGCAGACCUCUCCCUCCCACACUUUCUCAAAGUCGCGCUAGCCGAGAAUGGGUACAAGAGCGUAGAGGACCUCGCGACCGUGUCCCCAGGGGACCUCGCCAUAGAGCUAAGCAUCGGUCAACCUCAAGCAGAAGAUAUUGUGCGCCAAGCACAUACCUUCCAAGCUGGUCCAUCGCACCUCGGGAUGCAAAAUCAAUUGCCCCACACCUCCACUGCUUCUGCCCUCCUUCACGCCUCUGCCCGGACACGUUUUUCGACCUUGUCCACCUCCAUCGAUGACCUCAUUGCACACUUUGCCACUGUUCCGCGAUCAGAGCACGCCACAAGAUACAACCUCAAGGGCAAAGAGCGCACCCUGGACGUCAAUGUUGGAGCCAUUACUCCCGGCCUGGUGUUUGACCUGUCUGGGCCACCGGGGUCGGGCAAGACGUGUGUCUCUAUUGGUGUGGCGCUCAGUGCCAGACUUGGGGAUGGGGCUGAAGAUGGAGGUGAUGCGGCGCCCGAAGUGCUUCUUAUUGACACGGAAGGGUCCAUCACGGUUGGCCGGGUUCGCGCGGCCGUCGAGGCACUCGUGGAAGGAACCUCUCGCUCGGUCGACAGUGUCCUGGAAGGUAUUCACCUCAUCCGUGUGGCCACCCAGGUCCAGAUGGUCGCCUUUCUGAACACGGUGGAUGAAUGGCUCGAGGCGCACCCAAAGGUCAAGCUCUUCAUUCUGGACACGCUUAGCUACCACUUCCGCCAACCCGACCUCGACAAUGCCCUGCGAAAGCGUUUACUAGAACUAGUCAAGCAGGCAGUCGGCAAGGCCGCAACUGUCCGAGGAUGCGCUGUCAUCAUAACCACCCAGCUCGCCACCAAGAUGUUCACGGCCGAGAACAAGCCUGCCAACUUUGACACCGGCGGCGACCGUGCCGUGCUUAUGCGCCAGCUGGGAGACGCGUGGACCACAGAACGUACUAUCCGUAUCGCGCUGUUUCGCGGCGCAGGCAACGACGAGCUGCGGUACGCGCACGCGUCGACCAACUCGACGACGUCGAGCAACCCAGCCCUGGGCGACGUCCCGUGGGCUUCUUUUGACAUUGACAGCUUUGGCCUUCCGUGCGACGUGCCCCCGCCCCCAGAUGACGAGCAGCUCGCUGCGCAAGUCGCAGCCGGUGCCGCAUAG